AAGUAGGAGUCAGGAGAAGCUUGAGCGGCAUCAGCAUGAGAUCCCUAACUGUUAUGGCUGUAUCGCUCCUAGUGGCUUUUGUGGCCGUCAGCCAGGGGGAUGACAGUCCAGGAUUCUUCCUGAAGAUCACCAAGAAUGUGCCGCGGCUGGGCAAGCGAGGGGAAAGCUUCACCAUGAAGAACCUGAAGACCAUUCCCCGCAUAGGACGAAGUGAUAAGAGCUCUGUGACUCCUCUAUUGGCCUGGCUCUGGGAUCUGGAUACGUCUCCCAGCAAGCGGCGUCUGCCCAACGGGGAAUCCUUAGCCCAGGAGCAGGAGCUCAACGUGGUGCAGCCCGUCAACUCCAAUACCCUCCUUGAGUUGCUGGACAAUAAUGCUAUCCCGAGCGAGCAAGUGAAAUUCGUGCACUGGAAGGAUUUCGAUCGGGCCCUCCAGGCCGAUGUAGAUCUCUACAGCAAGGUCAUCCAACUGGGCCGUCGUCCGGACCAGCACCUCAAGCAGUCCCUUAGCUUCGGCAGCUUUGUGCCCAUCUUCGGCGACGACCAGAAUCCGGCCUUCAUGAUGUAUAAAAAUAAUGAUGAUCAGGAACUAUACGGUGGCGGUAAUCGCAUCGAUCGCAACUUCCUGAGGUACAACACCGUCUGAAGAGGUGUCUAAGCUAUUGGGUUUUGUAUUCAAAGGAUAGAGGUAUAUGAAAACGUAUUUAACACUUCAUGAGCUCAUUUUAAAUAUUCUAAAAUAUAAAUAU